CUGCACUCAGUAAGCCUGCUGCAGCCAGAGCGAACAGGCAGCAGUUAGCUUAGAUCCAGGCGGAGGCAGAGCCAAAGCCAAAGCUAGAAUGAAUGUGAUCUGCACGAUCUGCUCGGAGCGGUAUCGGGCGACGGACCACAUCCUGGCCGGCAGCUGCGGUCACGUCUUCCACGAGGAGUGCCUGGAGCGCUGGCGGGCGGAAUCAAGAACGUGCCCCAUUUGCCGCAGCGACGACACCGUGUACUUGCAGCUUUACUUGGACUUUGACGAGUCGUCCACGUCCACGUCCCACAGCCAGAAUCAGAAUCAGAGCCAAGGUCAAAGGGAAAGCACAGACAGCGGACUCGAGAAUGUCAAUUGCACCGAAUAUUCCGGUAUAAUGCGGGAAUACGAGAAUCUGCUGUACGAAACGGGCGUGUAUCGGGAGGAGAUUGAGUACUUAAACGAACGCAUUGAGACCAUUAUGCUGCGCAAUUCAGAGCUAAAGGGGAAGCUAGAAAUGUCGAGCGAUUCUGAUUAAAGGCAACUUUUUGAGGGUAAA